AUGGCUUCGUCUGCCAACAGAUGGGUGGUGCUACCUCCGGGAGACCGACACAGCCCGCCGUACAGCUCGCGGUACAGCACCUCCAUUCCACCUUAUAUGCCAUCUGAAGGCAAUCCUCAACAGGCGACGAACAGCAUGGCCUACAGUGGGGUCUUCAGCGUACAAGGCUGUAGUUAUCCUCCUAAUACAAUACAAUCUACUCCGGGAGUUUCCGAUAGUUUCCUAGUACCCCCGCAUGCAAUGCGACCGUUUGCCCAUUCGCAUGGGCAGUCUAUCCCAGACGCUCCCAGCGCCUCCGCCACCAUCAAUGGUAUUGACGGUGCCUACUCUUCUAGCGCCUCCACUGAGAAGAAAGCUCCACGCGCAAAGCUGGUGGGAUUUGGCUUCACUUGAGACCUCAGCCCGACGAUUUAGCUAAUUAUUUAUAGGCAUGUGAUUAUUGUCGGACUAGAAAAAGGAGUCCAGGAAGCACUUAACGA